GACUUUCUAUGCUUUGAGAGCUGCAGGCGGAUCCACGUAGAAAGGGGGCGUCUUAAAUCAGAGACGACCAUUCAAAACCGGCAGAAGGAAAAAAAAAAGAAAAAAGAAGCAACUCCCCGAUCCAUCCAUCCAUCUCUUCUCCCAGAUCACUCAGCACCCACCGGUGGCCCACCAACGAGCGACCCGCAGAGAAAACACCAAGAUGGCCCCGAUCUCCAUCAAAACCGUGCUGAUUAGUGAAAGUGUCGACCCUCGCUGCAAGACGAUUCUGGAGGAAAAUGGCAUCCGAGUCACGGAGAAGCAGAACAUGACUAAGGAUGAAUUAAUCGCGGAGAUAAAGGACUAUGAUGGCCUCGUGGUUAGAUCUGCAACCAAGGUAACAGCUGAUGUUAUCAGUGCUGCUAAUAAUCUCAAAAUUAUUGGAAGAGCUGGGACCGGUGUGGACAACGUAGAUGUUCCUGCCGCUACCAAAAAGGGCAUUAUUGUCAUGAACACGCCGAGUGGCAACACGAUCAGUGCUGCUGAGCUGACAUGUGCUCUGCUCAUGAGCCUCUCAAGAAAUGUGCCACAAGCAGCGAUGUCAAUGAAGCAAGGAAACUGGGAUCGCAAGAAGUUCAUGGGCGCAGAGCUGUACGGCAAAGUGCUCGGAAUAGUCGGACUUGGAAGAAUAGGAAAGGAGGUCGCCUCGAGGAUGCAGUCAUUUGGCAUGAGGACUAUUGGCUAUGAUCCAAUCACUCCUCCAGAGGUGUCAGCCAGCUGGGGAGUGGAACAGAUGUCUCUGGAGCAGCUCUGGCCCCAGUGUGACUACAUCACUGUCCACACUCCCCUGUUGCCCUCUACUGUCGGUCUGCUUAACGAUGAAAGCUUUGCCAAGUGCAAGAAAGGCGUGAAGGUUGUGAACUGUGCAAGAGGGGGCAUCAUCGAUGAGGAGGCUCUGCUCAGAGCCUUGGAGUCUGGACAGUGUGGAGGAGCAGGCCUUGACGUCUUUGUGGAGGAGCCACCUAAGAACCACUCACUGGUGGAGCAUCCCAAUGUCAUCAGCUGCCCUCACCUGGGAGCCAGUACGAAGGAGGCUCAGGCUCGCUGUGGGGAGGACAUUGCCCUGCAGAUCGUGGACAUGGUGAAGGGAAAGAACCUGGUCGGAGCAGUAAAUGCUCAGGUCUUGGCUAGCACGUUCUCCCAGGAGUCGCAGCAACUGAUUAAACUCGGAGAAGCCGUUGGAUCUGUUCUUCAGUCUUUCAGCGCGUCUAAGAAACCAUUCAGUCACGUUCAAAUUACUACACAAGGGGAUUGUAUGAAGUCCUCCACUGGUUACAUGACUUCAGCUGUGCUGGUGGGUUUACUCAAUCAUGAAUCAGGAUGUUGCCCGAACCUCAUCAACGCGCUGAGCUUAGCUAAGGAAACUGGAAUCACGGUUUACCAGGCCCACUGUGCAUCUGCCGGGGCCACUGAAGGCGUGUGUAAGGUGGAGAUUGCGGCCAAUGGCUGCAGCUACAAAGCCAGCGGUUCAGUUCAAGGUGGAGCACCUGUCCUCCUGGAGCUGUGCAACAGUGUGUUCAGACAGCCCAUCUCUCUCACUGGAAAUCUGCUGUUCUUUAAGGCCCCUGCGAAUCCUCAACUCCUGUCCUCACUGGCUGGAGUGUUGGCCACAGAGGGAGUGGAGAUUGAGUCUUUCAGUGCUCCUGCAGACCGCUCUGGGGAUCUGUGGUAUUGUGUGGGGGUGUCCUCUCUCUUGAGAGAUCUCAGUGCCUUGAACUCCGUGGUGAAGGAUGCAGCGCAGCUCAGCUUUUAAAUGACAGCGCAAAGCACUUACAGAGGCACUGAAUAGCAUUCAGGAUGUGAGAUCUGUAACAUUUUCAGGAGCGUCUAAUAUAAAUGAUCCGGUCUUUGUGUUUACAGCUAACAACUUGUGCAGAAGUUGCAGUUUAAAACCUGCAUUUUAUAACAUUCCAGUGUUUAGAUGUUUUUAUUAACUUGUAGAAGUAGAAAUUAAAUAAAAAUGUUUGUUGUACGCUGCUCAGUUUGUUUGAUCCUCUUAAAGAAGACUUUCUAAUAUGAACGCCUUAUAUUUUAAUAUUUUAAAAAUACUUCACUACACAGCUCGAGUUCAGUACGACAGCCUUUCAAUAAUUCCUCUAUUAAAAUGUUCAAUGUG